GCGAAGCGAUCCGACCCGAGAAAUAAGAACCUGGCUGUAACGACGCAAAAAGAAUCCAACCGCUGCAAAGACCUUCACCGCGCCUCCGCCGUGUCGAGUCCCUCCGCUAAUCGGUAGAAAUCAAAUCUCAACCCACCAGGAAGCAACCUGUGACUUCGUCAAUCUCUGGCAGGCCGUCGGACGUACGUCGCACGGCGGCUCACCACGGACAACACCUCUUAGCCUCUAGCUCUCCGCCGGCCCCUCCUCGAUGUCAAAGCUAGAUCCAGCCCCGUCUAUGGCUUCGGAUUUCGAAACAGUUGAUCAAAGAUUGCAAUCUUUUCUAGGCCAGCUUCUCUCAGAGUUCGGCAUUCUCGACAGAAUUGUAUAUAAAAACAAGAAUCAGCACAGAAGGUGCUCGUACUUUCAGUACCUCCUGAAGGUGAGAAGAGACAUAAGGCUUCUAAAAUCAGCCAACCCGGAGGAGAUAUUCCGUUCCUCCUUCGACGUCAUUAAUGGAAAGAGGCCUAAGCAGAAAGUCCAGCUCCUGGAGAGUCUAAAGAGGAAAAAAUCAGACAGCAGUAACAAGCAAACCUUCUUAGAUCGACUCCUCGGACUUGCUCGCCUACUGUCACAAAUGGUUGAACCAAUUUUGAAGGCAGCGACACAGGUAUCCACUCUUCUCGCUCGAUCAUUCUUCAUGGGGUUUUCAAUGACAGUUUUGGCCCUGCUUGCUCGGAUUAGAGUGCUUGUUCAGCAAAUGCUUCUAGAUGUUGUUUGUGUAUUCAACCACAUAUCAUCUCUGUCUCAAAAGAAACAGUCUGUUAAAUUGAAUAGAGAAGGAUUUGAGGUUUUUAGAGAAUACUAUCCUGUUAAGCAACAUUCUACUUGCUUAGAAUGCGUUUGGGAAAAAGAUAAGUAUAAGUUAAUUGAGAGGAAACAUGAGAGUGAAGUUGAAUUUCCAGAAAGGGUAAUCAAAGAAGAUGAGUGUAUUGAAUCACCUAAAGUUAAGUACCAAAGGCUUGAGAUUUUUCUUGGAGAUGAUGAACCUGGUAAUGUCAUGGCGGUGCCUAAUGAAGUUUCUGUAGAUGGAUCACCCUUUAUGAAUCCUAAUUCAUAGAGAAACAAUGUAGUAGAAAUGUCAUUGGGUUCAGAAGAUGUUCAUUCAGAGAAGUAUUUUGUUUUUGCAUACUUGUCCUCUCCAUAAAACGAUUACAUCACACUACAGAUGAAAUUUGUUUUUCAGUAAUGCUUAGUAGAGGCAAUAAGAAAAUUACUCUGUUCUUGGUUACAGCUGCAUGUUGAAGAAGCAUGAUUCUUAAUCUGUACUAAGGGUUUAUUUGGGUGAAGAGGCUUGGUGAGUAAAGUGUUGUAGGGUUUAGUCUCUAUUUGAGAGACAUCUUGUAGUUUGCAGGAUCUUAGUUGAACAUGCAAAGAUAUGCUUCUCUUUCCUUGUAUUAGGUAGAACAAAGUCUCUGAAGUGGUUCCAUUAACGAUGCAUUGAACAUGAUCACUCAUUUGUCUUAUUACAUAAAUGUCUACAUGUACAUCUUCUUUUAUACCCCGAGUAGAUUUUUAAACAUUUAUAUAGAAUGAUGUUUUUAUUACUUAAUGAAAAUGGGUAAACACAAUGUUGAAGGUUAGGCCUGCCAGUGAAGUGAAUAGGAUGCUAUACUGGCAUAGGGGAGCGGAGCAGGUGCUUGCCACUAUCAGAUUGCCUGUAGCAGAGCUGUUGGAAGUAGGCAAAUAGCGCCAGUAACAAUAGCGCCACUAUUAUUUACAUGCUUCUUCAGUGCUUGUUUGAAAGGGGUUUAGGAGUAUUAUUAGUUUUAGAUGUUUUUAGAGUAAAAAAUAACCCUAUUACACCCUCCAAAACACAUGGACAAAUAUGACCCUACUAAAAUAGCUCAAGGCAUCCCAAAAACCUAGAUUUAUUUAUAACUAGAUAUUGGUGACUGCUAAUUUUUUAAGAAUUAUUUAGGAGCUAAAGUUUUAAUUUCAUGUUUAGGAGUAAAUUGAUGUAAUUAUUCGUUUGUUUUGUUUAAUAAACUAGUCGCUUUUUUCUUUGUAAUUUAGCAAGUAUGAAUUUCAUGAGGUUUAAGAUUUCAAGUGAUUUAUUUAUCUUUUCAUGGACUCCAAGUGGGCAUGGUAUGAAAUUAUAUGCAUACAUAUAAUCAUGCAUUCUGCAUAUGUAAUGUAUGAAUAGCGGUCAUCCCGCCAGCAUCUAUACUUCAGGGUUGGCAGCUACGCUAUACUAUCCGGGGUUGGCAACACUGAGCCUGCUAAGGGGAUGAGUUUAAGCCAAAAACUUUAGCUAAGAAGACCAUUGCUCCCUUGGCUAUGAGGAGCAAGCAGGGAUUAAUGAGGUGGUGAAGGAAAAGAAUGCAAGGAUGAAGGGAGGAUUUAUGAUGAUUACAAUGUCUGAGAAGUUGGAAUGCAGGGCGAAGGAUCUGUAUGAGACAUUGAUGGAUGAGAUUAGGCGGCAAGGUUCACAAUCCGUAGGGAGGUUGGGGGUGAGUUUAACAUAUUUGAUGAGUGGGAAAAAUAUAUUCUAACCUUUUCAUUUCAGUUUUGCUUAUAUGUUGAGUAUCUGUUCUCUUACAGAUUCAUUGGUUAAGAAAAUCAGAAUUCUUACUCUUUUUGCCCCAAUUUAAAUUUCUCAUAUAUAAUGUGGGCAUUCAACUUAAUUUUCUCUAUAAUCUCUAAUUUUAAAUGAUAAAUCUUAUCAUUUUCGAA